AUGGAGGAAGGCGAUGGCGGCCGCAAUGGCGAUAGCCUUUUCUCGCUGGAGCUGUUGUUGGAGUCGGCGCGCGUGGAGCCGCAUCUGCUGCCAUCGCCUUUGCCCGCUAGCGGCCCCUUCCGCCCGGCGGUGGCGCUGCGAUUGCUCGACUUCCCCACCCUGCUGGUCCGCGCCCCGCACUGCGUGGCGGGGCCCCUGGUGCCCUUCGGGCGGGGCAAGUCCUGCCUCUUUAGACUGCGGCCCAGCGCCCUGCGGGGCCUGCUGAGGCGCUCUCCACUCCACGCGCUGCUGCUGGCGCUGCCCCCUACGGCGGGUCCUGCCCGCUUGCUGGGCUCCUGCAGUGUCUCCCUGGCGGCGGCUGCCGAAGAGCUACUGGUAGGGACUGGCCCAGGGGGACGGAGAGGCCGUUUCCCGCUUCGGGACCUGAUGGGGGAGCGGGUGGGGGACCUAGGGCUGAGCUACCGCCUUAGCAACCUGGGCUGUACCCUGCUGGGCCACUUGGGAGAAGGCGAAGCCUCAGGGGAGCCCCAUAAGGAGGAUCCGCAGCCUCUCACCUCUCUAGACACCCAAGGCAAGAGGGGGCAGAGCCUGGAGUUCAUUCAUGAGGUGGAGGAGGACCAAGAGUCUGCCCCAGAAAGUGGCAGUUGGGGUCUACCUAAUGACACAGGCUGUGAGGACGUUGCCAGAGAACUCUUCUGCCCCCCACCAAUGUAUUACAAUUGCCCAGUUGAAGAUUGCUGCCCUGCACCUAAAGCCUCUGGGCCUGUGACUGUGGCUAAACUUCAGGAAUCCAUUCAGAAAGAGGAACACGCACUUCCAUCUGCAAUGCCUGUUAAAGAGGAGUCUUCAAGAAGUGGCCAAGAGGCGUCUCCCUCACCCCAGAAUUUGAUUAACCCUCAGCAGCUCAGACAAACUUUGAGUCAGCUACCUCUGCUGAAUGCUUUGCUGGUGGAGCUGUCCCUGCUGAACAACCAGACACUGCAACCAGUGCCAUCCGCUGUUCACCCACAAUUAGCGUGGCUAUAUCAAAAUGUAGAAGAAAGCCCCCAAACCUCACCCCCUCGUGUUAAAAGUGUAAGUCCUACUCAAGAGGAUAAGAAAACUUAUCACAAAGAGAGAGGAAGGUCCCCCACCCUCAUGUUAAGAAGAAAUCGCCCAGAGAAUUUAAAAUGUAUCUCUCCCUCCUUCCAGCGUACUUGGACUGGACUUAAAGCCUCAGUCUAUGAAACAAAGGGCAGCCCUGAGAAGAACAGCAAAGAAAACUCUCCCCCAAGAAGGAAGCUUACUUAUGGGAUGACCAAUACUCUUAGGCUUCGAUUACAGCAGACCAAUCCAGGCAUGUUGAAAGUUCAUGAAAAAAGGGAACACCGUAGGAAAAAAAAGGCAAAUGUAUUCAUGAAAGGCAGCACUUCCUUAGUCAAAGGUAAAAUACUCCGAUGUUCUCCUGAGCGUCAUCCAAAGUCUGGCUCUGCGCACUCUGAAGAAAGAGGCAUUUCAGACCAAAAUGUUCAAUUUAAUGAAAAUAUUGAGACAUUAAUACAAUGUAGCAUUGAACAAGAUUGCUCUACCACAAGAAAAGAAGUAACUUCUGAUGUCCAAAACAGUGUUGCAGGUGGUCAUGUGAAGAGUCGUGAAAAUAUAAAGGAAAGAUGCCCAUUUAAAAGGAUAGGCUCUGGUUAUAAAGAGAGGCGGUUGAAAGUCCAUCUGCCAAGAGUCUCUUUACAGGAUACAGACAUUUUAGAAAAUACAAUAGAUACAGAAGGAGAAAAAUGUGUACAGGACAAGGAUUGCAAGAUUUCAGUGCUACAGACUCCUAGCCAAAGUAACAACAUUGAAAGCCACCAUGAAUGUGAGAAUUCAAUUGAUGUCAUUGCUAGCUGUGAGAAUGGAGGAUAUUCAGAAGAUUUUACCAAUGCUGAUAGUUCCAGCUUUGAAGCUCCACCGAGCAUCUCUGAACUUUUACUAGUAAACCAAAAACCAAGCCAUUCUGACACUGAUUCAGAUUCUAAAAUAUCUGAAAAAAGUCUUACUUCUGAAAGUAUUUCCUCCCUUUUUCCAAUACCUUCAUCUGUAUCUCCUGUCCAGCAUCUUAAAAAGACCAAUCCUUUAAAAUCAAGUGAUCAAAACACUGGUGAUCAGUACAAAUAUAUUGAUGAUAAUUCUUCUCCUUCAAGAACCCAAAAGGAAGAACUUUCAGAUCAACAGAUCAAAAAGCAAGAGAACAAAGAUUUGCAGACUUUCAAAGGCAAACAAGUAAGCUCUAACUUGAACAGCAGGGGAUCACAAGGCCAAUCUGAGGAAAAGAGCCUCUCACUAAGGACCUCUCAAGUUAGCUCUUACAUGCCCUCAAACAUGUCUAAUCUUAGUGAGUUAGAAAGCAAUACUUCUUACAAAGAAGAAGAGGAUGGCUUUGAGAUGACAGAGAUUACUAAUCAGUAUAAACAUGUCAGUGAACUAGUAGUAAACAAACUUCCAGGAUACACAAUGUAAUAAUUACCAAUAAUAAUAACUGAUGAAAGUUAAAAUGUCAUUAUUUUUAUAAACAAAUAUAUUUUGCAGUAUUUUGACUAUUUUUAAAUUAGCCUUAGUUCAAAAGAAUUGCUGUGAAUUGUGUGAUAAGCAGGCUGCUUUUAUUUACUUUUGAGUUUUGUAUAUUUUCUACAAAAAUAAUCUGUAAUCUUUUAGAACAUUAGAAAAGAAUGCUAUUCUAUUUGUAUAACAGGCACAAUGAGAAAUAGCAAAGCAAACAAUUAUAUUUACACAAACUGCAGUGCAGAACGAGCAUAGGAAUUUUAUCUUGUAAAAGCAUAAUAUAUAUUCAACUUACUGAGAUUUACUUCUGAGUAAACAUGCUUUGAAUCAGAUUAUUAAAUCAUAUAGCCUUAUCACUCAAGAAACUAGAAUAUCUCUAUAAUGUUUUAAAAAUAGUGUUUGCAAAUUCCUAAGGUGCGAAUACUGCUCUUUCAUUUGGAGUCAGUACUCAUAUCCUCAUUCUUUGUGUUCUUUUUUUUUUGUUCUCUUAUUUUUGAUCUUUUCUGGCUAUUACAUUUCACACCAAUGUGUUGUCUUUUUUCCAGAUAAUCAACUUUUGCAACAUACACAUUUUAUUAAAUAUU